AAUUACUGUACUGUUGAAAAAAUAAUUUAAUGGUUAGAAACGAAUCGUGAAGUGAAAAUUUUAAAGAAGAAACAUAAUUUUUUUACUAAAAAACACUGUUUUUAUUGCAAAAAAAAGGUGACUUUUGUAAUCUACCUCUUCACUUCUAAAGCGAAGGAAUAUUUUAUCUUCAAUAAAUAAUAAUAAUAGAUAAAUUCUGUUUCAUCAGAAGAAAAACAACAAGAACCUCAAUAAUUUCAACACAGUAAUUGUAGUUGACAGUGAAGUAAUUAUUUCUUCUUCAACAAUCAUCAAAUUACAAUUUGAUUGUAAAGUUAAUUCCGAAUUACAAUUUGAUUGUAAAGUUAAUUCCGAAUUACAAUUUGAUCGUAAAGUUAAUUAUAAAUUACAGUUUGAUUGUAAAGCUAAUUACAAAUUACAAUUUGAUUGUAAAGUUAAUUACAAAUUACAAACUCUCCUGACGGAUUAAUAUCCUAAUCAUCAAUCUUCACCGUCUAAUUCUUAAUCGUUUACAAAUUGGUCCAACUGAUCUGAGAACUUCAUCACCUAAUCUCGAGACAACUUGUUGUCAUAAUAAUUUAGCAUUAUAAAUAAUAAUAUUCAAAAAAUCUUAAUAUUUUCAUUGAAUACAGUGAAUACAAUUAAACAAAUAAAAUACAUUUUCAAGUGAAAAUGAGGAUAAAAAGUCACCAGUUUCGGAGAAACUGACCCAACGCAUUCUUGUGAAGAAUGGAAGCGAUUUGUUGAGUCGGAAACGUAAAAAUAAUUCUCGAUUUGAGAAAUUCUGAAAUUCUGAUAAAAUUAUUAUUUUUCGUCAGGAGAUUAUUGAAGUGUUUAGAAAAUAAAAAGGUGAAUAAUUCACUUCACAAAUAGAGCUAUUUGUGUAUUAUUAUUUGUAGGACUUACUACUAAAAUUACGGUUAAAGAAGAUUAAAAACUUUUUUUACCGACAUAAAUAAAUUUUUUAAAGAAGAGUAUUGAAAGGAAUUGAAAGAGGAUUGAAGAGAAUUGAAAAAGGAUUGAAGAAAGUAGUGUGGAUAUUGGUUUUUUUUGUUUCGACGAUGUAUGAUUAAAAGGAGGAAUAAUUAGAAGUGUGUAAAUAUUGCUAAUCCAUUUGGUAGACCUCGGCAAGGUCACCCCGGCAUCAUCCUGGCUAACGAUUUAUCGGGAAGUACCGGGCCGGGUGGCGGAGUUGGUUCCGUCGGUGGCACAUCCGUCGGUAGUGGAUCAUCAUUAUCAACAACUGCAUUGAGUUUAGAUCAUCAGCAAUUCAAUAUAUUCCCAGCGAUAUUCAGUAGGCAAUUGAAUUUUUCAGCGGCGGCCGCCGCUAAUUGUGGACAGAAUAAACUUAUGGACGAAUUGAGACCGAAUCUUGGUUUAUUGGGCGUUGGACUUGUGGAAAAUGAUACAUUUCAUUUGAAUCAUAAUCAGGAGAAGAGAAAGUGUAGCAGUACAAGUUCAAAUGAACAGGAUUUUGGUCUUUAUGGGGUGCAUCAGGGUAUUGAAGCGAGUCCACCGACGCCCGCCGCAACGCCUGGGAGAAAUAGCGUUGGUUCUGCCAGUACUGUUGGAAUCGAAGGAGCCUUCAAAAAAUUAAAACCGGAACCCUGCGCCUCAAGCCCACACAUUGGUCACACCCCUACUACCGCAAGUUGUCCUACCCCAGCCCGGCGGCGGCAUAGAACCACUUUUACCCAGGAGCAGCUAGCGGAAUUGGAAUCGGCGUUUGCGAAAUCCCAUUACCCGGAUAUAUACUGCAGAGAGGAAUUAGCGAGGAGCACGAAAUUGAACGAAGCCAGAAUUCAAGUCUGGUUUCAAAAUAGGAGGGCGAAGUACAGGAAACAGGAAAAACAACUGCAAAAAGCUCUUGCACCAAUUCCCGCCUGUCAGGGAGCUAUGAUGAGGAACAUUUACCCCGGUGCUGGCAGAGGUUAUCAACCCUAUCCCCACCCACACAACAGUAUAAACGGAAUAAAUCGUUACCCCCAGAUGGGAACGACAUCAUAUCCAAGCAUGACUCAACCCUUCUCGAUGUCGCAUUCAGCGUCUAAUAUGUCUGCAGUUACUGGUAUGCGACAAGAUGCAAUGGGAAUGUCUGCCGAGGACGAAUGGUACAAUAAAAGUAUCUCAGCCCUGAGAAUGAAUACAGCACAUCAUCCGAACCUUGCUGCACCGAUGCUUCAAUACCAAACAUAAUUUUAGGCGACGAAGGGCGCGAAGAGUUCUCCGAUAAAGGAUGAAGAGGGACCUUCGUUUCUUUCGUUCGGUACCACAAAAUUGCUGACCUCCAUGUCGAGUCAGUGGUUCGACCAGCAAACUGGUCGCUUUCGAAAUUCGACAUGAAAAACUUUUAACGAUGUCCUAAAAGAAUUUCGCGCCAGUCAACAAACUUGUCCGCACAGACAACCAAAAAAAAAAAGAAGAAAAAGAGAGAGAAACAAAACAGAAUAAAAAAUAAUAUAUAACAAAGAAAAAAAGAAUGAGUUACUUCACUGGCUUGAAAAUAUAUUGAAGAAACUCAUUCCAUUGCACAUUUUUUUUUAAAAAAAAGUGCAAAUAUUAACAGAAAGAAUAAUAAUAAUAUUAAUAAAA